AUGGAGCCUGAUAAAAUUAUACGAGCAUGUCGCCAAAUUAUUUUUCAAGUAUUCCAGUUAAAUCGGCAAUUUGUUGCGAAUAAUAAGAUUUUAAGGUUUUUUGAUCAUGAAAGGCGACGACUAGGCCUAGGCCUUAGUUUUAGGCUGAGCCUAGCCCGGAAUCAACAUACUCUAGGGCUAGUAGGGGGAAGCAAAGAACACUGUCACUACUCAGGCAAAGGGCUAUGUAUAGUGCAGGCUGCUUUUGGAGUUUCACAGUUUUGCAGAGUUUCAGUUUCUGAAACGAAUGGUACAAGAGGGUCAAGCAUCCAGAACAAAAAUGCUAGGGGAAACUCUGGUCAAAGUGUUAAGGCAUUCGAUGGUGCGUCUGGUGGCUGUGGAGGUGAUAGAAAGAGAUCUCUGUCAACCUAUCGUAGGAGUAUUCUAGUGUUCCACCUCCUCUUGCUGUUCAUGGUGCUCUACUGGUAUUUUAUUGAGACCUAUAAAGCAUUGUUGGAAGUCCAUGUCAUGAUGUCAUAUAACAGUCAUAAUAUUUCGCUUGAAACAAUUAGCAGUAGGAUGAGAGAGGCCGAAGCCAGUGCAGCAGUAUGUUGGAGAUUCAUCCAACACCUGUGUCGACUGGUACCAGACCACAGAGUAAAUCCAUAUGUGGAUGUUGUCGUAAAGUUUGAGGAUCAAAGAGUGCCAUUUGGAGUCCAUGAAGAUUCAACCAUUGCUGAUGUUGUCCAGUUAGUGCUAUGGACAUCAGAUGGUUGUUCAGGAAAUAAUGAAGGAAUAUGUGAGGGUAAUGUGUUAUUCUUAAAGUGGUACUUAAAGGAAUAA